AUGAAUCUUAGACCACAAGAUCAUUCAGAAGGCAAUCAAGCAUAAUACAAUAAAAAAUAUGCUAUCCAUUAUCAAAAGCCUGGCGAGGAAGAGCUCAAACAAAUUGUACUCGAAUUACCCAGCAUUUUCACUGUUGGUGACUGUAUAGAUUUUUCUAUUGAAUAAAUCAAUAUCCAAGAUCCCUGUAUAUAUAUAAAGUCUAAAUCAUUAUUAGCCUUUAAAUUCUAAGGUUCCGCAGAUCGUUUUAAAUUGAAAGUGGCAAAAAAGAAUGGCAAACCAAAAGAUGACUUGCCAGCCUUGGACAACGAAUAAUAACUCAUUGACACUGGUGCAAUUGUGUUUGCAUUGGUUUUAAACCAGAAUUAAUAACAAUUAGAAAAACAAAUAACAUUUGCUCCAACUAACCAAUCCAACCAGACUCAACAGUCUCAACCCAACCAACAAGAUUCCUCCAUUAAACAAAGAACCUCUUAUAGCAAUAGUUUAAGUAAUAACAAGAAGAACAAAAAUGGAGGAAACGAUUAAAAAAAUGAUGCCAAUGGAUUUUGUUUCUUUAAGCAAUGCGCUUGAAAUGAAUUCGUACUACCAACUUAAUAUAUCCCAUAUCAUUU